AUGCGCCCGGCUCGGCUCGUCGCACUCGCGGGUGCGGCCGCCGUGGCCGUCACCACCUCCAACGCCCCGACGACGGCGCCGGCGACAACCCUCUCCGUCGCCUGGACCGCCGUGGAGGACCAUGUCGGCGACGACGCCGGUUCCUCUCGCUCUGCUUCCCAGCCGAACACAUCCGCCCACUUCACUUCCACCAAUGUCUCAACCACACGGGCCAAUGCCACCGCUAGUCACUCCCAUGCCGUCGAGGUCGCCGGGGGCGCCAUCCCGCAGCAGAUGCAGGCUUCCAUGCUCGGCCUCCUCGGCUUCUGCAUCAUGGGAUUGAUCAUGUUAUGA